AUGCCUUGGUGGGAUAGGAAGAAGCACAUGCAGAACAAAAACAACUGGAGAACAAACCCGUACCCGGUGCGCGAGUCUCCCGCCGGGGCUCGGUCCGACGAGGCGCGGGUGAAGGUGGAACAAGAACCGGACAUCUGCGACGAGGCGAGAGAGGCCAGGUUUUUCAUCGACACCAGACGUGGUGGAGUUCCUGUUCAUCACGAAGAGCCCAGCGGCGUUCGAGAACAACCUCGAACACGGAGCGGUGCGGAGGAGCGCACCGCUUUCAACGGUUUCGCGGAGGAACGACUGAUACAAGAACAGCUCGGGCAUGAGCGUCUGGAACCCGGGCUUCAGGAGUUUGAACCUGGACAUCGGGAAUUUAAACGGGCGGAUUAUGUGGAGACGGAACGGUGGACGGCGUACAGAGAGCCUGAGGGCGGCGACGGCGACAGCGAUAUGUACGACGCCGAUCCUGAUGUGCAAACUCCCGGUCAUGAAGAUGAGGAAUACGAAGAUGAUACAGUUGGCACUAUCAUAGUGCAGCAGGAUUCGAUGGAGGGAGAGCAUGAAGAGGACCAUGAAGGGGAGCAGCACCUGAGUGGAGGAGAGGACUACAUAAGUGUUGGAGAAGAACCCGUAAGUGAAGGAGAGGGACACUUCGAUGAAGCAGUGGAAGAAGUGAGCGAGGAAGAGGAGCCGCCUGCUCCCACACGCCGAAUUACACGAGGGUAUCUACGCAGCUCAAAGUCUAACGCGGCUUGA